AUGGCUCACUGCGAGGGAAUAUCGGUGGAGAAAAACCUGUUGAUAUUUCUCUUUGGAAUCCUCGUGUGGUUUUACCCGCUAUCCUGCUGGUGCCUCAAUAUCACAACAUUGGAUCUCCGUGGGAUGCAGGCGAGCCAGAUCUCGGACUUGGACUGGGGAGGGUUUUCAGCAGAUCUAGCAAUUGAUGGCAACUCAAACACAUACUUCAUGGAUGGAUCUUGCUCUCACACCGGUUAUGAUGUUCAUCCCUGGUGGAAGGUGAACCUGGGAGCAAACCACUGCCUGGGUAGUAUCACCCUUGUCAACAGAGGAGAUUGUUGUAGCGACCGAUUGAUUGGCGCCGUGGUAAGGGCAGGCAUAGAGAGCGACAUUUUCAACAAUGCCGCGUGUGGGUUACCAGUGACAUCAGACCAAGCAUCGAUCCUUGGGGGACACAUACGAGUUGUAUGUGACCCGCCCGUGAUUGCGCAAUACAUCAGUGUGGACGACGAUGUCCCUUCUUUACAAGUAAACUCCCUAGCACUGUGCGAAGUGAUGGUUGAAGAGUACUCCAUGGAAGAAUGCCUUCAGACGUCAACUACUGAGAUGUCAACAACCACUGAUAUGUCGACAGCUGCAAUGAUCGGGGACCCGUCGUUCUCCAUCGCCUGCAUGUCCACAUUGAUGUUUGUGGACAAAGAAAUCACCAACGCACGCCCUCUGUCGGUCGCUAACAAGAAGUCACCCAUGCAAUGCUUCAUGCGUUGCAAGAUAAAUAACGGGUGUUGGUCUUUCGACUACGUCAUGACUUCUGGUCAGUGCAGGCUCUACGAUGUAAAGGCUGGAGACUUGAAGGCAGAUGAUCAGCCAGGCUGCUUGGUGUAUGCAGUAGUCCGUGGCUAG